AUGGGCCAGAAAUCGAAGGAUACACUGGCCGUCCGGCCACAGAGUCGCGGGCGCAGAUCCCGCAGUCGAUCUCCGAAUCCGAAGAGUGGAAAGUCCACCAAAGUCGCCAGCUAUGCAUCGGACGGCGUGCGAGACAAUGACAUCUUCAACUUGCCUGCUUCGGAUUAUAAAUUGCUGGUUUUGGUGACCCUGAUCGCGGCUGCCGUGCGCUUGUUUCGCAUUUACCAACCCACCAGUGUAGUGUUCGAUGAAGUCCAUUUUGGUGGGUUUGCAAGCAAGUACAUCAAGGGAAAGUUCUUCAUGGAUGUUCAUCCACCGCUCGCAAAACUCUUGAUCACUCUUGCUGGUUGGUUGGCUGGGUUUGAUGGAGAAUUCGACUUCAAAGACAUUGGCAAGGACUACCUGGAGCCAGGGGUGCCCUACGUCGCAAUGCGAAUGCUUCCUGCGAUUUUAGGUGUUCUCACUGUGUCCCUGAUGUUCUUGACACUAAAAGCCACUGGAUGCCGGACCUCCACGGCGGUGAUGGGCGCUGGACUUGUCAUCUUCGAUAACGCGCUUACUACUCAGUCCCGCCUCAUUCUCCUUGACUCGCCUCUCGUCUUUUUCACGGCCCUAACCGCAUUGACAUUCACUUGCUUCACGAAUCAACAAGAAUUGGGACCUUCAUCCGCAUUCAAGGGACCAUGGUGGUUUUGGUUGGCUGCAACGGGUGUCUCUCUCGGGGCCACACUGAGUGUAAAAUGGGUGGGCCUCUUCACUAUGGGCUGGGUUGGAUCUCUCACGGUCCUCCAGCUUUGGAUCGUGCUCGGUGAUGCGAAGACUGUGACUCCCCGAUUGUGGUUCAAGCACUUCUUCUCCCGGGUUUUCUGCCUGAUCGUCAUUCCCGUCGGAUUCUACAUGGCCAUGUUCUACAUUCACUUCCUCUGCUUGGUCAAUCCUGGGGAGGGCGACGGUUUCAUGUCAUCCGAAUUUCAGGCUACCCUCAACUCCAAGUCCAUGCAGGAUGUGCCAGCAGAUGUGUCCUUUGGCUCUCGCGUUAGCCUUCGUCAUUGGAACACUCAAGGCGGCUACCUUCACUCCCAUAAUCACAUGUACCCCACCGGUAGCAAGCAGCAGCAGAUCACUCUUUACCCGCACAAGGACGAGAACAAUGUGUUUGUCAUGGAAAACCAGACUCAGCCCCUUGGUCCUUAUGGUGAGAUCGAAGGUCCUUAUGCCUGGGAUAACUCAACCGUGAGUUUCAUCGAGGACGGGGCUGUGAUCCGUCUGUACCACGAGAUUACUCACCGCCGAGUUCAUUCGCACGAUGAGAGACCCCCAGUUACCGAAGCAGAUUGGCAAUUCGAGGUCUCCGCAUAUGGUUAUGAAGGAUUCCCCGGUGACGCCAAUGAUCUUUUCAAGGUUGAGAUCGUGAAAUCCAUGUCUGACGGCGCUGAAGCCAAGAAGCGCGUGCGUACCAUUCAGACUAAAUUCAGACUUGUCCAUGUCAUGACAGGCUGUGUGCUCUUUUCUCACAAAGUCAAACUCCCUGAAUGGGGCUUUGAGCAGCAAGAGGUGACUUGCGCGCGCGGUGGAACUUUGCCCAACAGUGUCUGGUACAUCGAAUCUAACUAUCACCCCAUGAUGCCGGUGGAUGCUGAGAAGGUCAACUACCGCAACCCCGGAUUCUUGGGCAAGUUUUGGGAAUUACAAAAGGUUAUGUGGACAACCAAUGCUGGCUUGGUCGAGUCGCACGCCUGGGAUUCUCGCCCGCCAUCGUGGCCAACUCUUCUCCGUGGUAUCAACUUCUGGGGCAAGGACAACCGCCAGAUCUACCUUCUGGGUAAUCCUCUUAUUUGGUGGUCUUCCACAGCUGCCAUUGGCAUUUACUUUGUUUUCAAAGCACUCGCGGUCAUUCGCUGGCAGCGCAGCUGCAAUGAUUACCGCCACGUCACAUUCAAGCGUUUUGACUAUGAAGUCGGUAUGAGCGUCCUGGGAUGGUUCUUCCACUACUUCCCCUUCUACCUCAUGGCUCGUCAACUGUUCCUUCACCACUACCUUCCUGCGCUCUAUUUUGCCAUCAUGGUCCUCUGCCAAGAGUUUGACUUCAUCACAUCACGCAUUAAAAGCCUGGGCUUGGCGUCAAAACCGGCUAUUGGCAAAAUUAUGAUGGCGGGUUUCUUGCUGCUCAGCAUCGCUGUUUUCACGCUGUACUCUCCUCUGGUUUAUGGCAACCCAUGGACACAGAGUGCGUGCCAGAAGGUGAAGCUGCUGAAUGGUUGGGACUUCGAUUGCAACACCUUUCACACCGACCUCAGCCAAUACAUCACGGGUGUGAACAGCGUCGCCAACGUUGUUCCGACCACGCCAGCCUCAGUGCCUCAAGUCGCGUCCCAGCAGGAGCAGCAGCAGGCCCCUGCUGUUGAGGUUCCUCACCAGCAACAGGAGCAGGAGCAGCCUGAUCAGGCCGCCGUCACCUCAGCCAAAUUGUCCGGAUCUGUUGCUCGAGUGGAAUAUCGCGACCAGCACGGCAACGUCCUUCCUGAGGAUGUUGUCGCUUCGCUGCGCUCAGAAGGCAAGGUCAAGUUUGAGACUCGCUACGAGUCACGAUCCAAGCUAGAGCAUGCCCAGGAGAUCCCCAUCGUGAAUGGUCAACUCGCUCCCCCUCAUCCCGAUGUGGAGGGACAGAACCCCGAGACUGGCGCCGGAAAGCCCGAGGAUUCUGUUCCCCCAGAGAAACCCGCCUCGGUUGCCGAGGAAAAGACUCAAUCUGUGGAGAGCUCUGGUUCUCCAGAGGCAAAGCCUGCCAGUGAGGGAUUGGAAGCUACCAAGUAG